UGUUCCGUGUCGGGAGUCUCGCGAUACUUUGUCGCGCGAACUCGCUGGGAGAAGCUGAGCUGGAGGGAUCAUGGCGGAGCGCAGAAGGCAAAAGAAACGGAUCCAGGAGGUGAGCGACCCCACCAAGGAGGAGAAGGCGGUGGCCAAGUACCUGCGCUUCAACUGUCCUACCAAGUCCACCACCAUGAUAGGCCAAAGGGUGGACUACUUCACCGCCUCCAAGGCGGUGGACUGCCUGCUGGACUCCAGAUGGGCCAAGGCCAAGAAAGGCGAGGAAGCGCUCUUCACCAGCAGAGACUCGGUGCUGGACUACUGCAACAGGCUCCUCAAGAAGCAGUUCUUCCACCGUGCUCUCAAAGUCAUGAAAAAGAAGUCGGAGAAGGACAUCAGGAAGGACAAGAAGCCCAAAGGCGACAGCGGCAAAGAGGAGGAGAAAAAGGCAAAGAAGGAGAAGAACAAGAAGAAGGAGGCGGACACCGGCGGCGAAAGCAAAAAGGACAAGAGCGACGACAGCCCGGGAAGCCCCAAGAAGAAGAAGGAGGUGAAGAAGAAGUUCAAGCUGGAGCUGCAUGAGGAUCAGGUGUUCCUUGACGGGAACGAGGUGUACGUGUGGAUCUACGACCCCGUUCCUUUCAAGACCUUCGCCAUGGGGCUGGUCCUGGUUAUUGCCGUCAUCGCCGCCACGCUUUUCCCUCUCUGGCCGGCGGAAAUGCGCGUGGGCGUUUACUACCUCAGCGUCGCCGCCGGAUGCUUCGUGGCCAGCAUUUUGCUCCUCGCUGUCGCUCGCUGCAUCCUCUUCCUGUUCAUCUGGCUGGUGACGGGCGGCCGCCAUCACUUCUGGUUCCUCCCCAACCUGACGGCCGACGUGGGCUUCAUCGACUCCUUCCGGCCGCUCUACACCCACGAGUAUAAAGGCCCGCGGGGCGGCGCCAAGAAAGGCGGCAAGGACGGCGGCGGCGGCGGCGGUGGUAACGCAGCACAAAAAUCAGACAGCGACGAUAAGUCCGACAGCGAGAAGAAGGACGAGGAGGAGGAGGAUGAAGACGAUGAAGGCAAAGAGGCGGGGCUAGAGGAGCGUAAAAGCGGCGAGGAGGGAGCGGAGCGCCACUCGGACACCGAUAGCGACCGCAGGGAAGACGAAGGCUCGCAGCACAGCAACGGUAACGACUUUGAGAUGAUCACCAGGGAGGAACUGGACCAGCACACGGAAGAAGAAGAAGAAGAGGAGGAGGAGGAAGAAGAGGAGGAGGGGGAAGAAGAAGAGGAGCAGGAAGUAGGGGACAGCAUUGACAGUGAAGCUCAGACUGCUGAAACAUAAACAUCCCGUGUCACUCUCCACUUUUUCCUCCUUCCCGAUCCCACUCAACUUCCUCCUCAGCAGACGCUGCCGCCAUCAGCGCAAAGUCUUAGACUGGACUUCCUGCCCCCCCUCCACCCCUGUGCUUGAUCUCAUCUGCGAUUGACCUGAUUCACGUCUCCACGCGAGGUCCGACACAGACUGUGACCAACGGUGGAAGUCUCCUGCCCCCCCCCCCCCCCCCCCCCGUCACGGCCUCGCAUCCUGCCAUCGCUUCCCAAGGGGAGCAACAACAGGGACCAAACUCAUCGUGUCAUUUCAAACAAGAGCAGAAAAGCGGCUGCUUGCUUGCUUGCGGUCGGUCGGUCUGCGAUGGCGAACUGAGCGCUCCGGAGCAGCCGCCGCAACAUUUCAAGGUGCCAUAAAUGCUACGAAUGACGUCUAGCGUCCCGCACGAGCACAGUGGAAGUUUUGGGGUCGUCCAUUUAGCUCAUUUUUUUUCAAAGUAUGAAUUAUUUCUAUUUGGAUUUUUAUUACUCUAGAAAAAGAGAAUUAUGCAUACCGUGUUUGCCAACUGCCUCCCUCCAUUUCCUCUUCUUAGGAGAUAUUACCCAUACUUUGUUUUUAUAUCCCACUCUAGGAAUUUUUCUUCUUAAUUUAUUCCACUUUUUUUUUUUUCUCUCUCAAUUUGUCCGGUUUAUGGUUUUGUUUCUCUGGCGUCUCUCUCUCUCUCUCUCUCUCCCAUGUCACACGUUGUUGGCUGUUGUACAAUUGUAGUAUUCGGUGAUACCAUCUUCUACUUGCUCAUCACACGUUUGUGCCAGUUGGGGAGGGGGAGGGGGGUACCAUCUUGUCUUCUAGUCGUUGAACAUGGGCGUCUCCUCAUGCAAUACUCAAGAGUAUAAUUUCAAUACAAAUAUUUGAUGUCUGGAAAUAUCUUAUUGCAAUAAAAAUGUAGAAAGC